GUUUGUGAAGUCUACUACGGCUAUAUUGCGUAGCCAGCGUGGCUUCACCGCGCUUCGAUUUCGCGAGGAAAACCACGCCGCUUCACAACCCACCUACGAAGAUGUUUUAGAUAGACGUCUAAAUAAGCGUAUAAGAAAGCGCGUAAAACCAAUUUAUAACGGUGCACAAGCCACGCCACGUGCGGCGAGGCUAACGAAAGUACUUCCUUGCCUGGAAAGUAGUCCUAGCAGAGCCUUUGGCUUGCUGCUGCUGUUUUUUGUUUCGUUGUUUGGUAUAGAGCUACCGCUUUCCGAGCUGGGCACCAUGGGAAAGGAUGAUCAAGGUGUGUGUGGCGAGCGCAUGACGUUCGGUUAUAUUCUGGCGCUGUACCAGCCUUUCCCUUGGGCGUGUCGCAGGCGCGGGUGACCCGCUCGACAACGUGCUCUACUGCAGCGGCUUACGUCGGCUCAGCGUGUGGCCGUGGUUCAAAGCAGUUGCCAGCUUGUUGCUGACCGAGCGUCAAGGUUCCGUUUAUGCGGUUCUAUGCUUCCCUGGGCUUUUGUCGGAAUUCGUUCAGCGGGUCGUCGAUCGUUUGCGUGGGUUCGGGCAUACAGUGCCUGAGGUAGCUACUUACAUGCUGGAGCUUGGGACGUACAUACUUGAGCACGGCUUACUGGAUCGAGUACGCCAGAGGAGUGACAGCGAGUAUGUCGUUGCUACGCUGUGCGCUCGGUAUGCUGUUGCUGCUGGUCACCUUCCUCCUAACCCACUCGCUUCGGUGCGAUGGCAGCUCCAGCUGGGGGAUCCAGACGUGGUGCGGCAACAGGACCUCAUGCGGGCAGAUGCUGUUGCUGUUGCGUUGUACCAGACUAUCGCUCGUCUGCAACAGGAGCAAGCACAACAGCGAGGGCAUCUGCCGAGCGCUGGUGUGCAGCGUACAGUCGCAGGAGGAGGUAGCUCGGGGCAGGCGGGUUUGUGCGGUACGGCUGCG